CCCAGCGCUGCGCACAAGCAACCAGAACGCUCCCAGAGGCAAGGAGAACACACCGCAGCCACACAUCGCAAUUUAGCUGUAGUGUGGCGAAUCCGAUCUGCAUUGUAGGAUGCCUCUUGGAGAGGAUGGAAAUGGAUGGAAAAAGAAGACAUCAGACAUCAAAGAACAUUAUGACUUCAAAGAAGUGCUGGGAACGGGAGCUUUCUCAGAGGUGGUACUAGCAGAGGAGAAGAGGACUCAGAGGCUGGUGGCCAUUAAGUGCAUCCCCAAGAAAGCAUUGGAAGGCAAAGAGAACAACAUCGAAAAUGAGAUUGCUGUUCUACACAGAAUCAAACACCCCAACAUCGUUACGCUGGAGGACAUCUUUGAAAGUACAUCCCACCUAUAUCUUGUCAUGCAGCUGGUAUCUGGAGGCGAGUUGUUUGACAGGAUCGUGGAGAAAGGUUUCUACACAGAGAGAGACGCCAGCAAACUCAUCCAUCAGAUAUUGGACGCAGUCAAAUAUCUCCACGAUAUGGGGAUCGUUCACAGAGACUUGAAGCCAGAGAAUUUGCUGUAUUACAGUAUGGACGAAGACUCCAAAAUCAUGAUCAGUGAUUUUGGACUGUCAAAGAUUGAGGGAGCAGGCAGUGUCAUGUCCACGGCCUGUGGUACUCCUGGAUAUGUGGCUCCCGAGGUGCUCGCUCAGAAGCCGUACAGCAAAGCAGUGGACUGCUGGUCCAUAGGAGUCAUUUCUUAUAUUCUGUUAUGUGGAUAUCCUCCGUUUUACGAUGAAAACGAUGCCAAGUUAUUUGAGCAGAUUCUGAAAGCGGAGUAUGAAUUUGACUCUCCGUACUGGGAUGACAUCUCAGAUUCAGCCAAAGACUUCAUCUGUCACCUGAUGGAGAAAGAGCCAUUGAAGAGAUAUACAUGUGAGCAGGCUCUCCAGCAUCCAUGGAUCUGCGGAGACACAGCUCUGGACAAGAAUAUCCACGAAUCUGUCAGCGCUCAAAUCAAGAAGAACUUUGCCAAAAGUAAAUGGAAGCAAGCAUUUAAUGCCACAGCAGUGGUGCGCCACAUGCGGAAGUUGCAGCUGGGUACUAGUCUCGAGGGACCUAGUCAGAUAACUCCCACCAGUCCCUGCCAUGGACAUCUGCUCCCAGAGGAAGAGGAGGAGGAGGAGGAAGACGAUUUGGGAAAUGGGGAGGAGGAGAGCUUGUCCCACUACGAGGACGGCCGUCGUGGGAGCACCGAGGGCAGCGCAGACCGGGACAGCCUGAGGAGCUGCACCUACUGCUGCAGGCCAGCCAGUCGCGUUUGAGCACAACCUCCCGUUGUCAUGGUGACUUUUGUAUCCCUGGAGCACCCAGAGCCCGCCCGCCCAGUCUGGCCAGGAAUGCAGAGUAGUUAUCAGGCAGUGUCCACCAGAGUACAUUCACAGCGAUCAGGUCACUGUCAUAGUGUGGAGAAACAUAUCAUCCCCCCCAAAAAAAACCACAUCCUGACUCAAGACAGACAAGUAAAAAAAUAAAAUAAUUCAGAACAGGAUGCAAGUCUGCGCCGAGUGGACAGUGAUUUAAAAAAAGGGCCAGUCUGCCUGAUUAGCAACCUAUCAUGUAUUUUCCUUUGUUCAGCGUUAGAAGUCAGGGGGCAUUUGACAGCAUGUACAUUACAAAAUGUGGCUCUUUAUGUAAGCUAACAGGACGGAUCCAAGCUUCUGGAGUCUCACUCAAAGAUGAUGCAGUGGCCUAAAGGCAGUCUUCUCCAUUAUUUUUGUUCUUACAUGAUCUGUCACAUCUACCUCUAAUCACAAUUACCGUUCGUCUGCAUCAAUCUGGCUCUCACACUCUGCAUUACUGGCAGCUUUCUCCAAGAAUCUGGCCAGACAGGGCACAAAGAAAAGGGGGGACGCUUUCUAGAGGGAAAUACUGAAAGCUACUCCUGCAUGUCUUUAAACUUCUUACCCAUCAAUGUGACUCGGUCUAGUCACUGACCAAGUAGCUGUUUAGUUGAAUAGAGUUAAUCUCAAGGCAUGACUUCACUGUCGAUGCCACCUGCUCAUUUGUUCUGUUUUGAGCACUGUCUUUUUUUCUCAUAUUAAAUGUUUCUGUCCUUUUAAAAGUUAUUUUGUUGAAAGGCUUUUUUGAAAUGUGAAGGGUGUUUCUGGGGGUUAUGGACUCUAUAUUUUGGCUCAGACUGGGUUUGUGAAGAGUGGUUCUGACCUGGAGUGUCUGCAUGCAUUUGUUUGGGAAAUGGGAAAUCAAAAUGUAUGAAUAUCAAAAGGAGACUUUUUUUUGUUUUGUUUUAUGGCUGUUCUGUUAUCAGAGGCUCAAACUGAGAUCCCCGUAAGUCUGUAAAUCACAGUAAUCUCCUCCGUGGGCUCACAUCAUGUCACGAGCAGUUAUUUUAGAGGUGCGAUUAAGUUGAGAAUCCACUGUGCGUGGGAAGAAAAAAAAUCAUAUUCAUGUCACGCUCAUCCUCGCUGUUCUGUUUCUAACAAGCGUCUAAAUAUCUGUCUGCUGUCAGCCUCUUAUGCUGAUUCGGCGGGAUCUCAGUCUGGGCACUCCGCCUGCUCUGUGCUGUGCACCUCUAGUGGAAGAAGUUUUGGUCUACUGUUUGCAUGACCUGGUUAAAUAUGUUUACAUGAAUGAUGAUCAAUUAGUAUAAAAACACAUGAUUAUUAUUACUCUGUUGUAUUGAAAAAUGAUGUAAUACUGUAACUUUGAGCUAUAUAAUGUGAAGUGAGUAACACCAGAAGUAAUGUUGUUGACAAAGUACAACACAGCACAGUGGACUUAUCAUUUGCAUUGACCGUGAUGGUCAAGUCUCUACCUGAGUGACAUUUCAACUGUACUUUGUUUAUUUACAACUCAAAUUUGUUUUAGCCUGUUUUUUUGCCGUUGCUUUUGUGAAAUCAAUUUAUUCCUCUGUGAUACCCAGACACAGGCAGAAAAAAUAUAAAUAUCCUACGCAGGUGCCAGCAACAGUGCAAAGCAGAGAAAAAAUAUAAAUCUCAUGUUGCUGGAAUCAUCACCUGUCUGCCAAGGGAGCAGCCUGUGCAAGCUCUACAUUUGUUGUCCUGGGUAGAUUAACUACAGUACUAAAGCCAUACAGUGAAGUGGAGAUGUUUUACUGUAGAUUCUGAUAUGUUGUCAUAUUACAAAUAUACAACUCGGAUGAAGGAUGGCGAUGUUUCGGCACGAUUUCUAAUGUCCAAAAAUAGUUCUCACUGAAAAUACUUUUAUCCUGACAUAAGUCAUUCCAUGACAUUGUUAUUUUAAGGUAUGUCAUGACACAAUACCAUAUUAUUAGUUAGCUGUAGAGAUCAUGAACCAAUCCAUGAAAACUUUUGUUGCCCACAUAAAACCGGUUCCCUCGAUCUGCCAUUGAUAUUUACAGGUCCGUAGAACAAUAAAUGAAGGCAAUCACUCUGGAUUUACAUGACUGUAAUUGUGGAAAAUAUGCAAACUGUGUGUGAAGGGCUCCAUGUUAACUGUAAGAUAGCCAAUGUUGAUGACUUUGAUAACCUGGCUAUUAUUCGUUUGGUAAUGACCUUAUAUUGAACCUUACCUGGGAUUUGUUUCCACUUGGUUGUGUUUUUUUUAAAAAGCUUAUUUUACCCAUUACAACCACAUCUAAAUGCAUAAAGAAACACAUGUAUAUUAUAUAUAUAAAUAUAAGUAUAUAUUGUAUAUCCUUUUUUGUAAAAGCUGUUUUGAGCAAAUGUAUGGAUGCAAUGCAUCAUGGGUUAUUGAACAAGAUGUAAGAAAAUACAAUGAUUUG